AUGUCUGCCCUAGAAAAAAACAUGCAGAAGAAAGAGAAAGAUACAUGCAGUAAAGAUGAGACAGCAGUGCCGAAACUUCCAGUCCCACCACUGCAACAGACCUUACACAUGUACCUACAGUGCAUGAAACACCUGGUGCCAGAGGAGCAAUUUAGAAAGACCAAGACCAUCGUGGAGGAGUUUGGAAUUGCAGGAGGCCUAGGGGAAUCCUUGCAGCAAAUCCUCGAGGAAAGAAGGGAAAAGACAACAAACUGGGUGUUUAACUACUGGCUGGAUGACAUGUACCUCAACAACCGGCUAGCUCUUCCAGUCAAUUCCAGCCCCGCUAUUAUCUUUGCUCGUCAGUAUUUCAAGGACGUAAAUGACCAGCUGAGGUUUGCCGCCAAUCUCAUUUCAGGAGUUCAAGACUAUAAAGCUUUACUGGACAUCCAUGCUUUACCUGUUGAUUUUGCUCGUGGACAGCUGUCUGGUCAUCCUCUCUGUAUGAAGCAAUACUAUGGACUCUUUUCUUCCUAUCGUCUUCCAGGACAUACCAAAGACACCCUUGUGGCCCAGAAAAGCAGUGUAAUGCCAGAACCAGAGCACAUCAUUGUUGCUUGUAACAAUCAGUUUUUUGUUUUGGAUGUUGUCAUUAAUUUCCGUCGUCUCAGUGAGGGAGAUCUUUUCACUCAGUUACGAAAGAUAGCCAAAAUGGCAGAGAACGAAGAGGAAAUGCUGCCUCCAAUUGGCCUGCUGACAACAGAUGGAAGAACAGAGUGGGCAGAGGCCAGGACGAUCCUUAUGAAAGACUCUACUAACCGCGACUCUCUCGACAUGAUUGAACGGUGCAUAUGCCUGGUGUGCCUGGACAGCCCAAGCGGGGUGGAGCUCAAUGAUACAAACAUGGCACUGCAACUGCUACACGGAGGAGGCUACCAUAAAAACGGGGCCAAUCGUUGGUAUGACAAACCUAUGCAGUUUGUUGUAGGAAGAGACGGAGUCUGCGGUACUGUGUGUGAACAUUCCCCCUUUGAUGGUAUCGUACUGGUGCAGUGCACUGAACAUUUGCUCAAGCACAUGAAAGAAAGCUCCAAGAAAUUAGUCCGAGCUGAUUCAGUGAGCGAGCUUCCUGCUCCACGGAGAUUAAGAUGGAAAUGUUCCCCUGAAAUUCAGGCACAUUUGGCAUCAUCAGCAGAAAAACUCCAAAGGAUAGUAAAAAAUUUGGACUUCAUCGCCUACAAGUUUGAGAACUAUGGAAAGGAAUUUAUUAAGAAACAAAAGAUUAGCCCAGAUGCCUACAUUCAAGUAGCACUUCAGCUGGCAUUUUACAGAUGCCACAGGAGACUUGUCCCUACCUAUGAAAGUGCUUCCAUACGCCGAUUUGAUGAGGGCAGAGUCGACAACAUCAGGUCUGCUACCUCGGAAGCAUUUGCUUUUGUAAAAGCAAUGACUGAUAACAAGACAGCUCUAUUGGAUUCUGAGAAGAUGCAGAGAUUUAAGGAUGCAAUUGCAGCUCAGACUAAUUACACUGUUCUGGCUAUAACUGGAAUGGCAAUAGAUAAUCAUCUGCUAGGGCUCAGAGAGGUGGCACGGGAACACUUCAAGGAACUGCCAGAGAUAUUUACAGAUGAGACAUAUUUGACAAGCAAUCGAUUCAUCCUCUCGACCAGCCAGGUUCCAACUACUAUGGAAAUGUUCUGCUGCUAUGGGCCUGUGGUGCCCAAUGGUUAUGGGGUAUGUUAUAACCCUCAGCCAGAACAUCUAUUAUUCUGCAUCUCAAGCUUUAAAGACUGUAAAGAAACCUCCUCAGACGUGUUUGCAAAAGCCGUGGAAGAAAGUCUCCUAGAAAUAAGAGAUCUGUGCAGCAAAUGCAAUUCUACUACGGCAAAGCCACUUGCUAAACAAGAAGCAGCCACCCACCUGAAGAGUGACCGCAAACUCUAAGAGGCUGUGGGAAUUAUUCUCCUGAAUCCACCUUAUGAAGAAACAAUGACAUAGUUGUUUAAAGGCAAGGUAGUAGUAGUAAUAUAUUAGUGUAGAACCAAAAAUGUCAUUUGUUUUACAUUGUGGCCAAUAUUUAAACCCUGUACAUACUAAAUCUACCAUUUCUUGCUUGAGAGUCAGCAAAAAAAGGUUUGGUCUCACUGGCUGAAAUGACGGAGGAAGUAAUAUGAGUAUGUGUUGUACUACCAUUUAUAGCCAUAAUUACCUUAUGCCAUUUUAUCACCUAAAAAA